AUGAUGACAGUGGCGCUUGUCCUGCUGCUCGCUGCCUACGCUCACGGGUGUGGCACGCCCACCUAUGAGCCCGCUGUGAGCCGCGUUGUGAACGGGGAAGAUGCUCGACCCUACAGCUGGCCCUGGCAGAUCUCUCUGCAGUAUCUCAGCGGCUCCACGUACCGUCACACCUGCGGAGGAACCCUGCUCUCUCCCGACUGGGUCAUGACCGCCGGCCACUGCAUCGGAUCGCGUACGUACCGCGUGGUGCUGGGCGAGUAUGACCUCACCAAAGAGGAGAGCAACGAGCAGAUUAGACCUGUGGAGAAGAUCGUGGUGCACCCCAACUGGGAUGACAGCUGCUUGUCUUGUGGUAAUGACAUUGCGAUGAUCAAACUGGCCUCGCCCGUCGUUCUGAACGACAAGGUGCAGCCCUCCUGCGUGCCAGCGAGCGGAGAGGUCUCUCCUCACGACGACCCUUGCUUCAUCACCGGCUGGGGAAGAAUCUACAACUAUGGUCCCAUUGCCUCCAAGCUCCAGCAGGCGCUCCUUCCUGUGGUCGGCCACAGCGUCUGCAGCAGCAGCGGCUGGUGGGGGAGCUCCGUGAAACCUACAAUGAUCUGCGCUGGCGGUGACAUCCGCUCUGGCUGCCAUGGUGAUUCCGGAGGCCCUCUGAACUGCAGGGGCGGAGAUGGCAGGUGGUACGUGCAGGGCGUGACCAGCUUCGUCUCCUCUCGAGGAUGCAACACUCCCAUGAAGCCCACGGUGUUCACUCGCACCUCUUCCUUCACCAAGUGGAUCAGCGACACUAUGCUGCAGCACUGA